AUGUGUUCCUGUGUUUCCAGAGUGCAUAUGCUCUUGAAGUUUUUUUCGUAUGUAUCUUUUGAAACGCCGUCGCCCGAGCCGUCGAUGACUUUUAGUGUGAUGCGGAACUUUGAAGCCAGCCUGUUCAUGGGGCGACUGAAGUCUGAAAAUUUAACCAGUGCAAGGCAGAGUAUGCCAGAUGAGAUUUGUGUUUACCAGCACGAUGCGAUUGAUGGAUUUGCCGUAGGCUUGCUGUCUAUUGGCGGCUGCCAUUGGCUUGAUGGAUAUAUUAAUGCAAUGCACAGUAUAUAA